UCGAUUAUUUCUCUUGCAUCCCUAGACGUCCGCUCCAAUAUAAUAAUUUCACUGGACAAACUUAAUGUAAUAGGCGACGUAAAACCGGGACUAAAUAGCCCCAGAGCGAAUACUUAUUGGCUGCCAGCGAGUUUGGUCGUCGUGCGUGCGAUAGAAACCGAUAAAUGGCCGCAAACCGGGCAGCUGUGAGUGCAAAAAAAAGUGAAAAGUGCUGUUAACACAGCGAGUAGCGUGUGCAUGUGUGAGUGCGUGCGGUUGUGCGUAUGUGUGUGCGUGCGUGUCUUACGUUGCAAACAAAAUUUCUUUCCUUCUCAAUCGGUUUUUUGCACUCGAUCGGCGGCUGAAGCGGCGUUCUAUAACUUUUCCCCGAUCCACAUAGCGCAGCAUUGCCCACAAAUGUUGCUCCACCAAUAUGAUAAUGAAAGAUGCACGAAUAUGACGUAAAUGAGCGCAAAGAGGAACCAGCCAGUCUUCCACCCACACAAAACGACACCACUGACACUGAAAUCAACAGUCAGCUACUAGAGGAUCAGCGAAAUCAGGAACAGGAUAACAGCCAGCCGCCUCAGGAAAAUUCAAUUAAUCAGCAGGAGAAGGACACAUUGCAUGUUUCCGUGCUUUAUCCUCUGGUAGUCUCCGCGCAGCUGGCAGACAGUCAACCGAUUCUGACUGCGAACUCGCCGAAGCUAUCUCCAGUUAAAAAGCGUCAGCGGCGCGUUUAUGUUGCGGACACCUCGCGCUGUUACAGUCUACGUUCCCGGCAAGAGCCCGCGACCAAGGCCCCACUCGAAGGCGACCUAAAGCAGCCCGACGUCGCUCCACCACCUCCGCCUCUUCAGGCGCCAUCGCCCACGCCCACAGAGUCCACAGAAUACACACCUUCAGAACUAUUUAAACCGGAGUUCUGGAACCGCAUUGAGGAGGUCCAAGAAGCAAAGCCCGUUGGGAAGAAGCGCCGAACCGCUGGAGGACUCAAAAGAACGCGGGGCAACAAGCUUCUGAGAGAGCUUGAGAUCCAAUCGCCGGAAACGGCGGCCGCUAUUGCGGCAGCACAGGCUGAACUCAACGCCGCCGGAAAGUCGGGAGCAGCAGGAGCGCGGUCCAGCCGCAAGAGGACCAACACGAUGUCUCUAUACGAUCGGCGAUUCCAGACCACCACCGAGGAGCGCCGCGUGGCUAACGGGUACGGAGGCAAUGCUGCGCGAUCGGUCACUGGCUCCUCGUCAAACGAGAUCGAGUCCCAGGAGACGCAGAGCCAUCAGUAUUAUGGUCCCAACGGCGGCAGCAGUGCCGCAGGAGCAGGCGCAGGCUUGAACGGAAGUGCGGCGGCCCUGAACCAUGCCCCUUCCAUGGGCACACUGUGCAACAUUGGCAACAGUUGCUACUUGAAUUCGGUGGUUUACACCCUGCGCUUUGCCCCGCACUUUUUGCACAGCCUACACCACCUGAUACAGGACUUGAAUGUUGUGCAGCAGACGAUAGUCCGCCAACAAACGGCCAGGUCCGCGUCCCUCGGCAGGAAUGUGAGUGCCGCUCAGUUGGAGCACGCCCGCAGCUGGAGCAGCAAGGAUCUGGCCACCAGUACGGAUCAGUACAGCGGUCAGAACGGCGGAGUUAAUAGCGGAAACGGUGGCAGCGGUUCGAGCAAGUCGACUCAUCAGUCGGUAACCGAAAAACUCCACGAACUGUAUAACAACCUGCACGGCAACGAGAUGGCAGACUCCACGGAGCCCUACCACGCGGACACGCUGCUGCACGCCAUCCAGGACGUAAACGCCACCUUUGAAGGCAACCAGCAGCAGGACGCACACGAAUUCCUAAUGUGCGUGCUUAAUUGCAUCAGGGAAACGAAUCAGUCUUUGAUCAAGGCCAUUGGCGAAUGUCCUGAGGUCAUCGCAAAUGGGUACAUAGCCAACCCGGAUGAGGUCGAAACCGGAGAGGGCCAGGAUCGCACUGAUUCGACUGCGUCGCAGAACCUGAACGCUGGCAAUGGAUCGCUGGCAACUAGUCAAACAACCACGACCAAAACGUCGUUCUUCUCUCGCAAAUCAAAAAGAAAAGACGAGGUCAAGUCAUCCAAGUCGACGCGCGUUCAGUCGCCACUCAAGGAGAGUAGUCCCACGGCGGGCGGGAUAACCGGUGCUGGCACAGCCCAUGCCACCGCUAACAGCCUGUUCUAUCUGAACACAGUUGAUCUCAGCGGCGCCAGCAGAACCAGCGGAAGUGCCAGUACGAGUGCGAGUGGCGUGGUUGCCACAAGUGCAGCUUUGCCCACACCACCACAGGCUACAAAAUACUCCAGUGACGACGAGAUUAAUUCCGCCACCGUGCUGAAGGACAAAAUGCGGCUGGAGGAGCGAAUACGGGAACUCAACCUGAACUUCUUCAGCUCGGACUUCGAAGGCAUUGUGGUGCUGACCACCAAGUGCCUCAGUUGCGAGACGAUCACGCGGCAAAAGCAGGGCAUGCUUGAUAUUUCCGUGCCGGUGCCGAUCUCGGGGUACGACAAUGCCGAUCUCCAAGACAAACCGAGCACCUAUAUACAGAAUUCCUGCAUUACGAAAGAGUAUUUCCGUGGGGAGAAUAAAUAUAGUUGCAACCAGUGCACCGGCUACACCGAAGCCAUCCGCUCCAUCUCGUACGAGGUGCUGCCGCGGUUACUGGUCAUUCAGCUGAAUCGAUUCUCUGGCGGCAUGGAGAAGGUGAGUACGUACGUGCCGACCACCUUCACUCUGCCCUGUUUCUGUGCCACCUGCUGUGAGCUGGGCGAGGGCAACAAGCUGCACGUUUACAAGCUGUACAGCGUGAUCACGCAUGUGGGAGCCACCCUGACGGUGGGCCACUACAUCGCGUAUACGUGCUUCUUGGAUCUCGCCAGUGACUAUGUCAACUGCCCUAAGGAUCGCAGGAAUACGAUGACGAACUCGCAAACGAUGGCUUCGCAAGCAGUGCCCUCCAAUGAGAAUGCUGCGCCAAACAAUGGUAGCAGCUCCGUGGCCAGCACUCCAGUCAUUGCAGCAGCUUCGGCUUUGGCCUCCUCGGGCAACAUUUUGAUGAAGAAGAUGAAGUUCGGUCGCAGCAAGGCCUCCAGCAGCGGUGAUAUGAGCAAGAACGUUAAGCAGGUUAAUGGGAUAACCAGCAAGAACAUCACCAAUGGAAUUGGCAAGCUGAGCAUAAGCACCACCUGCCAGGGAGUCAACUGCUGUGCCAUGAGACUGUGUUGUAGCCAGCAGACGAGCAGCAGCAACUCGGCCAGUUGCAGCGAUUUCAGCGAGGAGUCCCUGCAAAAUGGAAGCAACAGCAAUCUCAGCUUCGGAGGAUCGGGCAGCACAUAUCCCACGGGCUACGGAAGCACGGGUCGCGGUGGUGUCAGAGCCAACUACGCCCACGGAGGUCCUGAUCCCAUUUGGUAUAUGUGCGACGACGACAAGAUCAAGGCCAUGACCCAAAGGGAGUUCGAAGAGCUGCUUUCGCCCACGCGUAAGAUCACAAUAACGCCCUAUUUGCUCUUUUACGCGCGAUUCGAUCUGCAGCCGCAAAAGGCGACGCCGCCGAAGCCUGGAUCAACGCCUCCGCCACCGUCAUCGGCACAGAGUUCGUGGUCGAAUGAAAACGUGCCCAGCGGCUCGCACAAAAUUUGAGGUUGCCCCAAGUCGCAAAAGCCCAGUGGCAAAGCGGGGAAAGUGAAAAUUUAAAUUUAUUGAAAAAGUGUACAUCGGACAUACUGAUCGGAUUGGAGAUGUCUCUAGACUAGAAUAAUAAGCUAAAGAAGAAGUCUGUUUGUUAAACAAUGUAAUCGUACUAAGCUAUAUCGUUUAUCUACAUGCAUAACUAUUCAUGAACUGACCAGUGGUUUGACUGAGUCCUCAAUUCCAAGCGCCCAAUGGCUACCUUUUCCCAAAUCAAAUAGUUUUUGUUUUAUUAGUAGCAAUCAGUUCUGUCUGUUCAAUCGAUGCAUUUGAUUUUGGCAUUAUAUUAUUGUAUUCUAAUCGUUAUUAAUUAAAAAACCGAACGCGUCACAUUGAAAACACGAAUUUAAAACGUUGAGAUUGUUUGCCCCAUUGAAUGUAAGUGACAUUCGGAGUUCGGAGAACGUUUUCGAUAUACUCGUACAUAAAUUUUGAAGCGAAAGCAAUAAAAUUAACAUGUCUUUGAUUUAAAAUAGUGCAUGGCAGAAGGAGCGAGUGUUGUAAUGAUAGUAAUUAUUAAUAAUAGUAAUGAAUAAUCUCCAAUAUUCUCAUAGGACACACCUACCCAGUUGGCUUUGUGUCCGGCAGGCGAUGGAAUCUGUAAUAAUUACAGCAUCAGUUAUACUUAUAGUGACUGGAAUGGUUUAUUGUAAACAAUAAGCUAUACCCACGCAAACACACAAAUCUAUAUACGAAGUGUUGAAUAGUUGUUAAACUCAUGACACACCUCAAAAGUGAAGUGAGUGCAAUGUAAUAUGUAAUUGAUUGAAUCGAAAGUGACGGACUAACAGAAACAGAUCAAGCGAACAACUGAGAAUUGUUAUGAAAUGGAUUCCAUAGUUUAUAGAAACGUUUUCAUGUAACAAGCUGCAACAGAACUUCAUUCACUCACAAAUCACCCACGAUUGUAAUGUAAUAUUGAUAAAUAAAUGUAAUAAAAUUAUAAUAUAUCUGUAAUAAUUGUAACAGCACACUACUUAUGCAAUAAUUUUAGUUUAGUCGUUUAGCCUUAGUUUCUCCAUGCAUUACAUGACUCUAGUUUAGUUCAGUUCUAUUUUUUUCCAAGAGCGCUGCUAUAGUGAUAUUAACAUUUACAGAGCAAAGAUUUAUGUACAUUGUAAUUUGUAAAGUUUACAUUUAACAAUUAAAAAUAAAAUUAACACUGAUCAACAUAAGCAUGCGGUUCGACAGUUCACGCGAAACAUAAAUUGAGGACCUCUCGAUUCCAAUUACGAUUAUGUUUAUUAUUGAUUAGCAUUAUAGAACAUGCUUAACUAAAUAUACGAAAUAUACAACAUA